GAUGAAGAGGCCUUGAAGAAACAGAUCCACCACUCAUUUGAAUCCAGCCAACGCAAAAUUGAGAAAAGUUUGCACACUCCAUUGUUCCCCCUCCACCUACUUUUCUCUCCUCUUUCAUGGCACAGAAUCCACCGGAAUAAUCCCAUAUUCCUCUCCUCCUCUCCCUCACAUUCUCUCCCUCUCUUUCCACUCCUUUCUUCUUCUUCCUUAAGAUAUGACUCCUUCCUAUUGCCUCUCUUCCUCCAGACACGCCACCACUGCCGAGGCUUUUCUCCUUCACAACUCUCAUCUCCACCUUCCCAAACAUCGCUCCACACUCCCCAAGAAAGACUCUCUCUUUCUCAAGCCUUUAAACCCACCUCCCAAGUCAUCUCUCUUCCUUCUCAGACUCAAGACCUCUAAACUCUCUCACCCUUUUGCCUCCUUAUCUUCCUUCGCCGAAGCCGAAGGCGAAGAGGGACAUCAUGCCAAAGAAGAGAUUGCCAAGACCGAAGGUGAAUUGCCCGGCAUGGCUCAGGCCUUCAACAUAUCAUCCAACACUGCUUCUGCCAUUUCCAUAUGCAUAGCAUUUGCGGCUCUGUCUCUUCCACUUUUCAUGAGAUCUUUGGGCCUGGGACUGACUUUGAAGACUAAAUUGCUUUCCUACGCCACGCUGUUGUUCGGGUUUUACAUGGCCUGGAAUAUUGGAGCCAAUGAUGUGGCCAAUGCCAUGGGGACGUCGGUGGGUUCGGGAGCAUUGACCCUCCGGCAGGCAGUGUUAACGGCGGCGGUGCUGGAGUUUUCAGGGGCAUUGCUGAUGGGGACCCAUGUAACCAGCACAAUGCAGAAGGGCAUACUUGUUGCUAAUGUGUUUCAAGGCAAGGACACUUUGCUCUUUGCUGGCUUGCUUUCCUCUCUGGCUGCCGCUGGUACUUGGUUGCAGGUUGCAUCAUUCUAUGGUUGGCCUGUCUCGACUACACACUGUAUUGUAGGAUCCAUGGUUGGAUUUGGCCUAGUGUAUGGAGGACAUGGUGCUGUCUUCUGGAGUUCGCUGGCAAGGGUGACUUCAUCAUGGGUGAUCUCACCUUUGAUGGGGGCGAUGGUGUCUUUUUUAGUCUACAAAUGCAUCCGUAGGUUUGUAUACAGUGCUCCAAAUCCAGGACAAGCUGCAGCAGCUGCUGCACCACUUGCUGUCUUUUUGGGUGUGACUGGAAUCUCUUUUGCAGCGUUUCCGCUUGGCGACAGCCUUCCUUCAGCUCUGCCCAAGGCUUUAGCCUGUGGGGUUGCUGGUGCUUUCCUAGUCUACAGAAUUAUCCACAAACAGCUUGGUCACCUCCUUGUGAAGUCGAGUUCAUCACAGCCGGAGGCGAAGGAGGAUACCAUCCACAAUAAAAAUAUUGGGUUUCUCUCAGAUAUUGCUGGACCAAAAGGUACCCAACUGGAAAUAGUUUAUGGGGUGUUUGGCUACAUGCAGAUCCUGUCAGCCUGCUUCAUGUCAUUUGCCCAUGGGGGAAAUGAUGUCUCUAAUGCAAUAGGCCCCUUAGCUGCUGCACUAUCUAUUCUUCAAGGUGGCACCAGUGGCUCUGAGAUUGUGAUUCCAUUAGAUGUCCUUGCAUGGGGAGGAUUUGGGAUUGUUGCUGGGCUUAUGAUGUGGGGUUAUAGAGUGAUAUCAACAAUUGGGAAGAAGAUCACAGAACUAACACCAACACGAGGAUUUGCAGCUGAGUUUGCUGCGGCUUCCGUUGUUCUAUUUGCAUCAAAGCUGGGACUUCCCAUCUCGGCAACCCAUACUCUGGUGGGUGCAGUCAUGGGGGUGGGGUUUGCAAGGGGACUUAACAGUGUCAGAGCAGAAACCGUGAGGGAGAUUGUGGUUUCUUGGGCUGUGACAAUUCCAGUUGGUGCCCUAUUGUCUGUUUUCUACACAUGGAUCUUGACUAAGCUCUUGGCAUUUAUACCAUGAGCACAAUGAACAGCUUGAUGUAUGGGAUUAUUUAGAAACCCCCCAUAUUCUUCCAACAUUAUUUGUAGAAUGCUCAUGUUUCCUUGCUCCAACGUGAUCACCAUAUUUUUCGGGAAUAAUUUGUUGAAUGUUUAUGUUUCCUUGCUCCAAUAUGAUCUCCUGUAAGUUGAAAUCAUUGUAUUCGGGAAAUAAAAUUAGUUUUCCUACUUCGAUUCAAA